CUACAAGUAAGCAUAUUUGGUCUGUUUAUGGAUUUAUUUGUUCUAAGUUGCAUAAUCGAAUGCUAACCCAGAAGGCAGAAAAACUUGUUUAUAUAUUUAGAAAUAAUAGAAUUCUUUAUAAAUUAGGAAGGUCUAUAUUGGUUAAAGAUCAAAAAACAAUCUUAAAUAAUCAAGAAAGUAUUAUUCUUGAUAAUGAAAAAGAAAGUCAAAGCAUUAUUGAUAACAAAGAGGAAA